AUGAACGAGACGCCACCCGUCGCAGUGACGCCGGGCGAGGAUGGCAGUGAUUUUUACAACACGCCAUUCAACGCAGGGACGCCCUUGAGCAAAGAUGUAAACAAAGAAGAUGUCGCAAAAGUCUCUACUGCUGCCGAACCAACCGCUUCUCAACCAGCUCCACUAAUUCCAGGAUUAAAUCUCGUCAAUGACAACCUUCAUGAUUUGCAGUCGAAUAGCGAAUCAAUUCCGGCGCAGACUACAGAAGACACUGAUAUGACGGAAGGAAAUGAGGUGGCUAAUGCGAAGUCUGAACCGCAACACGCAGUGGAUCAGAAGGACGCACAGCAAAAGCAAGAGGGAGCUACAAAUGAACUACCAGACGCGAACUCCUCUAUCAAAACCACUGCAAACGCCGCAGAAGCUGCGCCCGCAACCGAAGCCGCUCAAAACGAAGAAGACGAACACCCUGAAUGGGAGGUGGACUCGUCUCCAUAUGAAUCAUCUUCGGACGAUACGACAGAUUCCUCUGAUGACGACAGCGACGAAGACGAAGAUUACCCUAUCCUCAGCGCCGAAGAACAAGCGCGGAUCUUGAUGCAGGCGGAACUUGGCUCCGACGAUGAAGGUGAUGGGAAAGGCAAAUCAGGAGGCCAUAUCAAAACGGCAAACGAAAUUUUAGAAGAUGCACCACCGAUUCCCGAUGUCACAGUCACACCUGACAUGAAGGUUGUGCACCUGGGCCAUGUUCAGACCAUCGUCGAGAACAAUGUUCUUAUCGAGGCCAAUGUCUCGGGCGAAUACCAGGUACUUGAGGGCGGCUCAUUGCUAUGCGACGAACAACGUAAGAUCGUUGGUGUGGUUUGCGAAACUCUGGGUAGAGUUGAGAAUCCCUUGUAUACAGUCCGCUAUGAAAGUAUUGCUGCCAUGGAGGAGCGCGGCAUCUCCAAAGGGCAGAGCAUCUUCUACGUUGAGCAACACUCUUCAUUCGUCUUCACCCAGCCUCUCAAAGGCAUGAAGGGAAGCGACGCCUCCAACUUCCACGACGAAGAAAUUGCGGAGGACGAAGUCGAAUUCUCGGACGACGAAACAGAGGCCGAUUACAAGCGGAAACUCAAACAGAAGCGGCAGGAGAAGAAAGACGCUAGGCGUGGCGAUGGCGGACCUGCAAGAGGUAGAAGAGGUCCACCAGGCCCUUCGAGGCUCAACCAGACCGAGCUUAACUAUGACGAUGAUGCCGGUGAAGAUGGCUACACCCCGCUUGCUCGCCCCAAGAAUCUACACGAGAUCAUGGGUCAAGGAGAGGCGCCGGUCGAGGGUGACGGACCAUCCGCAACGAGAGGGUCAGGCUUCCGCGGUGGCAGAGGUCGAGGCAGAGGUUCUGAUCGCGGCCGUGGUGGUCGUGGCAGGGGUGGACCACGCGGUCAGGGCUCGUAUCAUGACCGUCGGCCUUAUCCCCAUGACUCCCAGGCCCAGUCUCAGCCUCAACAGCAACCUCAACCUCAACCUCAGCAUCCCUACACCCAAACUCCCUACCAACAAAAUCAGCCGCCCGCAUUUGGAAUCCCCCAACAGCAACCCCCGUUUAACUUCCCACAACAACAGCAGCAACAACAACAGCCCUAUCCCCAGGCCCAAUCGCCGAUACCAUUCCAGUUCCAGAUGCCAUACCUACAGGGCAUCCAGCAGCAAGCAAACCCUUAUCAGCAGAUGCCUCCGAACCCGCAAUUCAAUCCGCAACUGGUUCUAGCUGCCUUGCAUCAGCAACAGGCACAGCGCCAACUAUACCAACAACAGUAUUUGCAGCAGCAGCCUCAAGUUCAGCAAGCACCAGCUCAGGCACAAGGAUCCGUGGGCCAACCUCCAGCGAUAAAUUUCGAUCAGGUCAGGGCGCAAUUGAACCUCUUACAGCAAUGGGGUAAUGGGAACCAAGGCCAAGGGUCUUCUCGUCCUCCGCAGUAA